AUGGCUGAAUUGUGUAGAAAGGAAAAGCAGUUGAAGGAAAUGUACACCAAAAAAACUAGCAGUCCCCAACAAAGAUCAAUGGUCAAGAGAAUCAAACAAAAGUCAAGAAAACGAGCAUAUAAGCCAGAUUUUGAAUACCAACCAAUGACAAAAGCCAAAGAAACUAUGCAGAAACAAAAUGACAAAGAAGAUACAAGGAACGAGAAAAAAGCUGUUAUUAAUGUACCUAAGCCAACAGAGAGUACUAAUGAAGAAAAAGAGAAGGAGAACGAAAAGACAAAAGAAAAAAUCGAAACAGAGAAAGAACCUGUUAUUGAACCCGAGCCAAAAGAGGGUGCUGAUGAAGGAAAAGAGCAUAGGAAAGAAAAUAUGAAAGAAGAAAUCGGCCAAAAGAAAGAAGCUGCUGUUGAACCCAAGCCAAAAGAGGAUGCUAAUCAAGGGAAGACACAAGUUCAAAGAGUUCAUGAUUUGGAAAGUGAUGAUGAUUUUAAGGAAAAAUCAAUCUACGACAAGCCACUUGCCCUUUCAUUUCGUAAAACAAACAAGGUUUGGCAUAGUAUGUCCAAAAAAGACCAGGACCAAAUUCAACUCAUCAACAACACACAAUCAACUGCUUGUGUCUGGUCUGGCAGCGAAGAUGAAAAUUGCAUAUACUUUUCAGAAAUGAAGAUUGUCCAAUAG